CAAAUAUACAUAUUUAUGCUAAUCAUGGUAAUCUUUAGGUUUUAGUCACUGCAUUACAGAUUUGGCAACAUGUUAGUACUAACAAUUCUUGUGAGUACAAAAGAUAAAGUUAGCAGGUUUUUGUUCCAACUGAAAACAAAAUAAUAAAUAUUUCUACAUAUCCUAGAAGUAUUCAUUGUGCUAUAAAUUACAUAUCCAGUAGGUGACGCUGUCUGCUCACAGGCAGCAUACCCUUGCAAUGGGAGGCACACGAAUGCUCGAGGCUACAACUCCCCGUCUCGUCAUCAUUUGUAACCAUAGAGCAUGAAUUACCUCUUGAAGUCAUCAGUGAGAAUUUACGACUGGUCAACAAAAGCACGUGAUUCCCAAACGCACCCCCACCCCCAUAUUUGGCCGCAUACAUAGCAAAAACGAAGUACAGUGCAUUGCUAUAAUUCAUUAAUACAUCAUAAAUCGUGAAGCACAGCGUUAUAACGACCAAGAUCUACAAAUCAAGCUCGCUAAAACAACCUAAAUGAGCUCUUACUUUGUAAACUCGUUCUCAGGGCGCUACCCAAAUGGCCCUGACUAUCAGUUACUAAAUUAUGGAACUAGCAGCAACGCUAUGAACGCCUCGUACAGGGACUCCGGCACCAUGCAUUCAGGCUCUUACGGCUACAACUACAAUGGGAUGGACCUAAGCGUCAACCGUUCAGCCAGCACUGGCCACUUUGGGGCGGUUGGGGACAAUUCCCGGGGCUUCCAAUCUCCAGCCUCGGAGACGCGAUUCCGGCAGCCGUCAAGCUGCUCGCUCGCAUCCCCGGAGCCGCUGCCCUGCUCUAACAGCGAGAGCCUAGGACCCAAAGGCUCUUCACCCCCUUCCGACCAAAGCUCUUCCGCAGCGAGUAGUAACCUUACCAACAGUACACAUUUUACUGAAAUCGACGAGGCCAGUGCUUCAUCUGAGACCGAAGAAGGCUCCCACAGAGCGGCCAACCAAGCUCCGCGGACGCUGCAGAAGCAAGAGACCACGGCAACCUCCACCAGUUCGGCGACUACCGAUGGCCAAGCGCCACAAAUAUUCCCAUGGAUGCGGAAACUACACAUUAGCCACGAUAUGACUGGACCAGAUGGGAAAAGGGCCCGAACUGCCUAUACCCGUUAUCAGACGCUAGAGCUGGAAAAAGAGUUCCAUUUUAAUAGGUAUCUCACCCGGAGGAGAAGGAUAGAGAUAGCCCAUGCUCUAUGUCUCUCAGAACGUCAAAUUAAGAUCUGGUUCCAAAACCGGCGGAUGAAAUGGAAAAAGGACAAUAAGUUGAAGAGCAUGAGUCUGGCUACCGCAGGUAGCGCUUUCCAGCCAUAGUGGUAACGCAGAUCAUGCUGUAAGUGCUGCAAUGAAAUCGCGAGGGGAGAAUCGAUGGGAAAAUUUCAAUAGACUAUUACUGAGUACUGUAAGCGGCACCUUUCGGCAUGUUUUUGGGUAUUUAAGUCAACUUAAAAUUUUACUGUGGUACUGAUAAAAUUAAAACAAAUUAGUGUUCACAUGCUGUUUUUUUUAAUAAUUUGAUUUUUAUUUCCAGAGAGAAAAUUAACAAAAAAGAAAAAAAAAAUGCCGCUCGUUGUCCUUGUUAUGGAUAUUGUUUGUCACGUGCUAUGUAUAAUGCUUUGAGAGUUAGCAUGUUAACUAAAUGUUAUAACUUAUUUACUACCUAUAACUUGUAUACCUUUGAGUUUACAGCGAUGCUUCUGCCCAAAUAUGAAGUGAUGCGCUAGUUAGCUAGCUCUAGUAGUGACUGCAUUCAUUUUAGCAGAAGUAAGGCUUCUGUGUUCCAUGGUCAUAUACGUUUGAAGUCAUUGUCUAGAUAAACUCAUUAGACCUUUGUCAUGUGUUCAAAUUCUUCAGUUAUUUUUGAGAAAAAAAGGAAAUUUGUAAAUAGUCAUAGAGUCCUGUAUCCGUCCCGCGUGUGUAUAGUUAUAUUCAAAUUAUGUAAUUGUAUAUUCCUGGAUCAUGUUCAUGUUCCUAAAAUGAUGUACAUAUUGAACACUUUUAUUGUGACCAUUUGGCUCUUUGUAGUAGGCAGAGUGAAAGGCAAAUGUGUGUGGGGAAAAAAAGCCAUGUCGAACUGCCUGUACGCAUUUUGCCAGUUAGCUUUUUGUAUUUGUUUGUAGCUUAACUUGGAGUAAAAAAUAAAGUUAUCAUAUUAUUCAGACCCAUCACAUCAACAGAAACCACUGUACAUGUCUCUCUUAUACCAUUAUCUGAGUUUCUAACGAUUUCUUUUCCAAUACAAUUUAAGCAGUUCUUUUUGUCAAUAGUUAAAAAAAGAACUACUGUACCUUAAAACUGAUCUACAUACCACCCAAAAAAUGCUGCCUAUUACCAUAAAACUUCGAACUGAAGGAAAUAUACACGAGGAAAUUCACAUUUUACGACAAACCAAACACAAGUUAAAACCAAAUCGAAGUACUGCUAUAUAGGUAAUAUCACGUGUGUAAUGUCACACUUAUCUUUCUGGCUAUGCCAAUUAAAAUAUUUUUUUAAAUUUGUGAUAUACAACCCGUCAUUACACAGUAGUCCUGCCUCUCUGUAAACAAGUAGCGAACUUGUAAACUUACCACAGCCAAACCGUUUUGUUACGUCUAAGGCGACUUUUGAGAACCGAGUAGAUUGUCCUAAAAGUGAACCAGGUGCCCCAUAUCGUCUGGCCGGCUGCCUUUUGGGAUUCAGUUUUUGCCAAUGACCAAACUAUACCAAAAGUGGCUAUGACAUUUACAUGUCAAAUGGAUGAGCGUUUUAUCUUGAAGUUAGAUCGUAAAAAUCGCGCAGGCCACAGACAGAUACCCCUUACUGGCUCUCAAAAGUCACGUGGGGUCCAUAAAGUUAGUUUUAUGGUUUUGGGGAGUUGACAAUGUACUAUAUAUUUCACAUUGUAGAAAGCAAGUGACGGCUUAACUGCUACGAAUGGAUUCGAAAGGG